GCAAAGGAGCUAAUUUACUUAACAGCCCUGAUGAGCUAGAGCCUCUAUCUUCUUAUUGUCGUCCUUCAAAUCCCAUCAGCGCUGCCACCUGAGAGAGAGAAAGAGGAAGAGAGAGGAAGGUGUAUUUGGGAAAGGGUCAGGGAUCAGAGGGAGGGACCUGGGCAGGAGUCAGGGAUUAGUGUCACCUUGUGCUUUGUUUAGAGGCUGAUGCAGACAUGAUGUUCUGACUGGAGACGCAUCUGUGUGAAGAUCUGCUGCAAACUCCAUUUUGUGUCUUUACAUGGUGAAGUGGCUGUUCUUCCUCUUUCAGUCAACCUGUGAUCCACAAUGUUUUUUUUUUUCUAUAUUCACUGACAAACUAUUUGAAAUAAGCUUUUGUUGUUGUUGUUUGAAUAUUAAUGAAUCUACCAGUUAUUUUUCAAUCAUUCGAUCUGUGCAUCGUCAGUGGUGACGUCUUCCUCUCAUGUCUUUAUUUGUUCGACCCAACAGUUACUCUCUCUGCAUCAGAAAAUAUUGUUCCCCGACACAACUGGCAGGGCCUUGUGUAACCGCUUGAGCUUUUAAUUCCCUCCAUUCAUCGUCACCAAAAUUCUCCCAUCAUCUGGCAACAACGCGCCUCGUGCGCUGUACUCUAAAUAAAUAAGAGCAGGGCUGCCCGGAACCACAGCCUCACCUGCAGUAACGGUCACUGUCACUAGUCAUACUCAGUAUUUAUCCUCCCCACUUCACAUCCCCCCCCCCCCUUUCACUCCCACAGUGCUCAUGAUCUGCUUAUGAAAUAUGCAUCAGGCUCUUCCUGUGUACAGUGCUGCUCCAGCUGCACACAGCACCCUCCUCCAGUCCGUGUUUUUGCGGCUGCUGUGCGCCUGCUGUCAAUGAACAUCCAGCGCGUCCUCUCGGCUUUAUUCUUCUACGUGUUUCCAUCGCUCCGCCUCUUCUUCCUAUCUGGAUUCCCCCCCCUCUCUCUUUCACUCCCAUCAUCUCUAUCUCUCUCCCCUCUCUCUCUCUCUCUCUCCCUCUCUCUCUCUCUCUCAUUGCAUCCAUUUUUGUGCAUUUAAGAAAUCUCCAAGAAUUACCAACCUGGAGGAAAGCGAGCUAACCGGAGUGACAGAGGAGGAGGGUUACGGACUCCGAAAAAGAAAAACAAACAAGGACGGGACCGGGCAAACCUCCCCCCCCUUCCUUCCUUCCUUUAUUCCAACAUGCGAGUGAAACCUUACUAGAGGAUGGCAGCGAUGGGUUAGACAGGAUUUAACAUGACUGCAAAAUAAAAGCCACUGUGUGUAAAAGAUGUCUGCUCCACACGGGCCCCGGGGCGGCCCUGGCCCUGCUGCUGCUGCUGCUGCCGCUGCCGCCGCUGCUGCUGCUGCCUCAGCGGCCGGCGCCAUGCCGGAGAUGCCGGACCUCAGCCACCUCACCGAGGAUGAGAGGAAGAUCAUCCUCGGUGUCAUGGACCGACAGAAGAAGGAGGAAGCGAAGGAACAGUCGAUGUUAAAGAUCAAAGAAGAACCAAAGCCUCAGCCGGCACAGUGGUUUAGUGGGAUCACUGAGCUGGUAAAUAACGUCCUUCAGCCCCAGCUAAAGUCCCAAAAUGACAAGGAGCCAGAGCCAGACGCGAAGUUGCACCAGCAGUUUGAGUCGUAUAAGGACCAGGUUAAGAAGAUGGGGGAAGAGACUAAGCCGGCUCAGGACCAGAAGAGUGAAGCCCCAACCUGCGGGAUAUGCCACAAAACCAAGUUUGCCGAUGGCUGUGGCCACCUCUGUUCAUAUUGCCAAACGAAAUUCUGUGCUCGGUGCGGAGGACGAGUGUCUCUGCGGUCAAAUAAGGAGGACAAAGUGGUUAUGUGGGUAUGCAACUUGUGCCGAAAACAACAAGAAAUCCUCACCAAAUCGGGGGCGUGGUUCUACGGCUCGGGGCCUGGUCAGGUGCGGGGCGUGUUUGAGGGCGGACCACAGGGGAAGAAGGCCAAACUGCAGGACCCGUCCUUCUACCCCUACCAGGGAGCCUCAGGGGACUUGACACCAGCGUCAGACAGAAGCAGACCUCACGGCGGGCUCCUGCCCAGACAGGCGUCUCUUGACAACGGUUCGGGGCUGAGGUACUCGGGACCUGGCGACGCAUCCAUAGACAGGAAACGAAGCCCAUCUGCAUCCAGGGAUCCAAACCAAAAAUACGACCAAAGGGAGGGGGGCAACCACUCACAGUAUGCCCCGACGGACGGCGGCAUGCCCAGAUCACCGUCUGACUAUGGAGAUGGGGACCCUCGGCGGGCUCCGCGGGGCCCACACAUGUACCCAGAUGUGGAUGCGGCACGGAUGGGCUAUCGGGACCGGCGGGGUCCCGGACGCUGGCACUCCCAGGAAUACCCGCUUGACCAGGAGCUAGAUGGACCACCCAGUGAGUAUGAUCUCCAGCGGCAACGGCAGGAGGAGUUCCAGGCGCGCUAUCGCAGCGACCCCAACCUGGCACGCUAUCCUGUUAAGCCGCAGCCCUACGAGGAGCAGAUGAGGAUGCAUGCUGAGGUAGGACGCCUGAGGCACGAGCGCCGCCAUAGUGAUGUCUCGCUGGCCUACACAGAGCAGGAUGACCCCGGCCCAAUCCGGCUGUCUCGUCAGCAUCUCACCGAGCGCCGGCCGCCAAUGGUGGGACAGCGCUCCUAUUCUGUUGACCGUUCCUCCCCUGGGCCAAUGGGUCCUGGCAUUGGAGGCCAUAGAACCAACCACAGCCCACCAACACCACACCGUAGCCCUGUGCUGGGCGACCGAUCUGGGGACCUGCGGAGAGGUGACUUGGGUGGAGGAGGAGAUCCCAUGAGGAGGCAGCAGCACCACUUGGACCCCAGUUCGGCUGUCCGGAAGACCAAGAGGGAGAAGAUGGAGAGCAUGUUGAGGAACGACUCUCUCAGCUCAGACCAGUCUGAGUCAGUGCGCCCGCCACCCCCCAAGCCCCACAAAACCAAAAAGGGAGGAAAGAUGCGGCAGGUGUCACUGAGCAGCUCGGAGGAGGAGCUGGCCACCACACCGGAGUACACCAGCUGUGAGGAUGUGGAGAUAGAGAGUGAGUCAGUCAGUGAGAAAGGGGACAGUCAAAGGGGAAAAAGAAAAACUAUUGAGCAGACAUUUAUGUCCGAGCCGACACACACCUUAUCUGAGAGGCAAAAGAAAAUGGUGCGCUUUGGGGGACACUCAUUUGAAGAGGACUUGGCAUGGUGUGAACCGCAGGUUAAAGACUCGGGAGUUGAUACGUGCAGUAGCACUACCCUAAACGAGGAGCAUAGCCAUAGUGAGAAGCACCCGGUGACGUGGCAGCCGUCCAAAGAUGGGGAUCGCCUAAUAGGGCGUAUUUUGCUCAACAAGCGCAUGAAAGAUGGAAGUGUGCCUCGAGACUCAGGAGCCCUUCUUGGUCUAAAGGUGGUGGGAGGCAAGAUGACAGAAUCUGGUAGACUUUGUGCUUUUAUCACAAAAGUGAGGAAAGGAAGUCUAGCAGACACUGUUGGACACCUCCGACCAGGUGACCAGGUGCUGGAGUGGAAUGGGAAACUUUUACAAGGAGCCACAUUUAAAGAAGUUUACAAUAUCAUACUAGAAUCUAAGCCUGAGCCGCAGGUGGAGUUGGUGGUCUCACGGCCUAUAGGAGAUAUUCCAAGGAUACCAGACAGCACACAUGCACAACUGGAAUCAAGUUCGAGUUCUUUUGAGUCUCAGAAGAUGGAUCGCCCGUCCAUCUCCGUCACGUCCCCCAUGAGUCCCAGCAUGCUGAGGGACGCCCCCCAGUACCUGUCAGGACAGCUCUCAAGCCAAAGCCUUAGUAGAAGAACAACGCCUUUUGCCCCUAGGGUCCAGGUCAAACUGUGGUAUGACAAAGUGGGCCAUCAGCUUAUCGUCACGAUCCUGGGCGCCAAAGACCUGCCACCCAGGGAAGACGGCCGGCCCAGGAACCCUUAUGUAAAAAUCUACUUCCUCCCUGAUAGAAGUUUGAAUUAUUGUUCCUCCAGCGACAAAAGCAAGAGGAGAACAAAAACGGUAAAGAAAUCCUUAGAGCCCAAAUGGAACCAGACCUUUAUGUAUUCGCCGGUGCACCGGCGAGAGUUUCGGGAGCGCAUGCUGGAGAUCACAUUGUGGGACCAAGCCAGGGUGAGGGAGGAGGAGAGCGAAUUCCUUGGUGAGAUCCUUAUUGAACUGGAGACAGCUCUGCUGGAUGACGAGCCACACUGGUACAAGCUACAAACCCAUGAUGUGUCCUCUAUUCCGCUCCCACGUGCCUCCCCGAAUGCACAGCGCAGGCAGCUCCACGGUGAAAGUCCAACACGGCGGCUGCAAAGAUCCCAGAGGAUUAGUGACAGUGAGAUCUCAGACUACGAUUGUGAAGAUGGUGUAGGGGUUAUAACAGACUACCGGACAAAUGGCAGAGACUUCCAGAGCUCCACGCUGUCUGUCCCUGAGCAGGUGUUGUCGUCUAACCACUGCUCACGGUCGUCUGAUAUUAACCGGGCGCGGUCACGCUCUCCCAGCGUUCCCCCACCCUCCAGCCAUUUUCUCACCCUACCUCGAACCAGACAUACUCAGCCUAUUGAUGAUCCUCAAAGGGACCCCAGCCGCAACCAUCGCGUGUACCCAAUCUGCCGAGAGGAAGCAGUCAGGUUACUGCGUUCCACUAGGAUGGCCCGCGCCUAUUCUGAGGGUGCCUACUCCGCCGACUUUGACUACGAGAGGAACCACGGAGCCAUGGAUAGGCACGAGUAUCACAGCAGGUCCCGCUCUGCAGACCAGCGGCCCACUAUAGAGCGCCCCACAUCCCGCUCGCGCUCCACUGAACGCCCCCACGACUCUUCGCUCAUGAGGUCCAUGCCGUCUCUGCCAUCUGGGAGGUCCGCCCCUCCCUCACCUGCCUUGACGAGGGCGCAUCCUCGUAGUGGAUCAGUCCAGACCAGUCCCACCAGUACCCCCAUGUCUGGUAGACGAGGACGUCAACUUCCACAACUUCCACCCACGGGGAAAGACAGAAAAGAUGGAGAUGAAGGAACAGAGCCUUGUGAAGAAGACACGGACUCACCAAGUUGGACGAACUCAGGUAUGGACAUGGAGGAGAGGACCAGGCAGAUGAAACUGAAAAUGAACAAGUACAAGCAGGGAGCGGGCUCCGACUCCAGACUGGAACAAGACUACCACAAGCGUUCAGGCAGAGAUCCACGGGGCUCAGACAACCUGUCGGCCAAAUCAUCGGACAGUGAUGUAAGCGACGUGUCCGCUGUGUCGAGAACUAGUAGUGCCUCUCGGUUCAGCAGCACGAGCUACAUGUCUGUCCAAUCAGAAAGGCCGCAAGGAAACCGCAAGAUCCGUGACUUUGCAUCCAAAAUGAAAAACAGGCAGAUGGGCUCGUCGGGCGGGAUGAACAUGACCAAGAGCACAAGCAUUAGCGGCGACAUGUGUAACCUGGAGAAGACGGAUGGCAGCCAGUCGGACACAGCGGUCGGCACGGUAGGCACUGACGACAAGAAGAGGCGCUCCAGCAUUGGUGCCAAAAUGCAGGCCAUGGUUGGCAUGUCACGCAAGAGCCGGAGCACCUCUCAGCUCAGCCAAACAGAAGCAGGAGGUAAGAAGUUACGCAGUACAAUCCAGAGGAGUACAGAGACGGGCCUGGCGGUGGAGAUGAGGAGCAGGAUGACUCGUCAGGCCAGCCGGGAGUCCACGGACGGCAGCAUGAACAGCUACAGCUCCGAGGGAAAUCUCAUCUUCCCUGGUGUGAGGCUUUCUUCGGAUGCCCAGUUCAGUGACUUCCUGGAUGGUCUCGGCCCAGCCCAGCUGGUUGGACGACAGACAUUGGCUACUCCACCUAUGGGUGACAUCCAGAUUGGUAUGGUGGAGAAGAAAGGAGCACUGGAGGUGGAGGUGAUCCGAGCCCGUGGCCUUGUGGGAAAACCAGGUUCCAAGGCACUGCCAGCACCAUAUGUAAAGGUCUACCUUUUGGAAAAUGGAGUCUGCAUAGCCAAAAAGAAAACAAAAGUAGCAAGAAAAACCUUGGAUCCUCUUUACCAGCAGCAACUGCCGUUUGAGGAGAGUCCGGGAGGGAAGGUUUUACAGGUCAUCGUUUGGGGCGACUAUGGACGUAUGGACCAUAAAUCAUUCAUGGGAGCAGUUCAGAUACUGUUAGAUGAGCUGGACCUGUCCAACAUGGUGAUUGGCUGGUUCAAGCUCUUUCCUCCCUCCUCACUGGUGGACCCUACUCUGGCCCCACUGACAAGAAGAGCUUCCCAAUCCUCACUGGACAGUUUCUCUCGAUCAUAGCAGCGUGUGGACUGAUAGCGUUGUUGUAGCAGCCAGUGUUGCGAUUACAGGUCACGCCCCCCGGUUACACUGCAUGCUUGAUGUUGUGUCUUCUGAGCCUGUUUCUAGGGGUGCAAAUGUGAUCCUGUGUUUUAAGCAAAAACGUCGCGCACAUUGUGCACGUGGCGAAGCGUGUUGCAAGCGCCCGGCAGCCGGGAUUGCCGGGUGUUGUUGUUGUUGUUUGGAGGAAGCUGGAAUGAACUCCUUAGCACGAGGAAUCGAUCAGUUCCAGGUUUUCAUCCAAUUCGAAGCCAUGGGGGUCAGUACUGGGAACUGCUAAACGAGUUCUACAGAAGCCCUUUUCGAAUGAAAAAUAAAUGUUCUGCUUUGAUUUUUUUGUUUUGUUUUCAUUUGUUUUUUUCUUUUUUUCUUUUAAUGUCAAUGUACUUGUAUCUGAAGGGGGUGACAGUGUUUCUAACCAGAUGCUUGGUCACGCCACGCCAACAGACCUAGCUGUGUAGAUGGAGUUUUGGAGACCAUCACUUUGGGUGAGGUGUGUCCCAGCUUGUAUCCACACUCCCCCAAAUCCCAAAAGAAAUACCCUGCAUACUCUAGGUUUAUGUGCUCAAUCAAACUGUACUGGUAAAUCACCAGAAAGACUUCAAAGUUAAUCAGAGGCAAUAUUGAAGUGGCUACCAUCAACACUCCAGAAUAUACAGUAACGAUCCAAACCCCACGAAAAGAUGUACAAUCUACCAUCAUUCUUUCUCUGUUGAUAUAUUGUAUGAAAAUUAAAUGAGAAAAGAUAUUUUUUUUCCUUUUUAGUUCAUUUGCAUGGACACAAAUUUAGCUGAAUUUAAAAAAAAAAGAAAGAAAAUUAUUUUCUUGAGGCUGCAACUUGCAAAAAAGAUGAAGAAAAAUAAAUAAAACAGAUCAGCCAUUUUCAACAAUUUCUAUUAUUUUUAAAGAUAAAUUUCACUAGUGCAUGGUUUUCAAGGGGAGUGAAUGCAACAUCGUGAUGAAAAAAAAAAGACAUUGUUUAUCAUUCUUUAGACCAUUCAUGAGUCUGCGUUUUGCAGACAUACAGAUAAGGGAAACUUAAAGAAAACUUUUGGAGUUAUUUAACAGAAAAUGUUUAUGUGACAAAAAGUGAUAAUGAAAAUAAAUGUAAAUUAUUUAUUUCAUUGUAAAAGGCUCACGCCUUAUAAAGAUAAACAUUAUGUGCAAAUUGUACAUGUUUCUCUUUUUCUUCCUUGUCCCAGGGUACUUCUCAUUGUACUAUUCAUUGCUACCAUUGUUCAGUCCCCUGAUAUUGUCCAGAUUUUAGGACUGUUGGUUAUUUUACAGUUCUGUAUUGUUUCAGUAUGUAUUUUAUUUUAGAUUUGAUUUGUUUAACAAGCAUGUUGAAAAGGAUUUUCUGCAACAUGGCUUGGGCACACCUUACAGUAACUCAGCAUGUUUUGAUAAAGAUGAUAUUUGGAAUUUUUGCAGUUUCUUGUACAGUGCAUGUCAACUUCAUUACUUUUCUCCCUCACCUUAAAUUGUGCUCUACAGCAAAUUAGUUCUUGGUCUUCCAUGGCCAAUUAUUGAAGUUUUAACAAAAACAUUCCACCCCCAAGGUCAUAUUUUCUUUCAGGUUUUUGAGAAAAAAAAGUGACAAGGAAAAUAUUUUAUAUUUAAUGGAGGUUGACGAAACAGUUGUGAUUGCAAGUGUAUUUUAUUUCAGUAUUGUUGACGAACAUGCAAAAAUAAUCUGUAUUGAUACAGCAAGAGGUCUAUACCUAAUCAAGAGGCAGCAAACGUGCUAGAGAUGCGUGUUGCUGUGGUUCAAUUUUACAGGCACUGUUUGUGAGGAUGAGCUAAUCACAAGUUCAAAUAAGGGAUAUUGCCACAGAAAAUGUUUGUUUUUUUUCUUGUUUUAAUGAAAAUGAAAUUAAUUUACUAUAUUUUUGUUAGUUUUAUUUAAAAGCCAAGACCAGUUUAUUUUUUAUUUUCUAUUUUUAGUAAUUACAAAUACUUCUCAUGUCUGGGAAGUAUAUGAAUCUUAUAGUUGCAGUAUGUCUGGAUGAAAUUGAACUGAGGCAUUAUUCCUUUUCCAUAUGGUGAUAAUACUGUUUUAAUGUCCAAGAAAACCUGGUCGCUGUAACAAGCUACAGUAUAUAUUUUCAUUUUAAUUUUCAUUGUACAUAACUUUAGAUGUCAGAAUUUGAAUAAACAAGCUACCAUGAAUAGAUUAAUAAACUCUUUUGGAACAGGAAAAAUGCCUCACAUGAUGACAAAGACAUAUGUUAUUUAUCCUUUUGAAUGCCUUUUAAUUUUCUCUUUUUGGUGCAAUGUGUUAAUGCCAAGGCUAUGUCUUGGUUAAGUAUGGUUGAGUACAGAGAUUUAUGUAAGUUAUUUUUCAAAUUAAAAAAAUAAAAAAUUGAUAUUACACUGAU